AAAUGACUCCAACGCCAUCAAAGCAUACAGUAUUACGAAGAGAACCAAAACCAAUCCAAAACCAUUACUAAACAAGAGAGAUAAAUGGAGGGAGAGUGCGAAAGCGGUCUCUCUUUUUCUCAUCUCUUAAGAAACUCACACGCACGAUUCAAUUCAAUCUUUUGAUUAUCUUCCUAAUGAUAUAUAUUAAUAACAUAUAAUCCAACAUCUUUUUUUUUUUAUUACAUUUCUUGUUUUUUUAAGUUUCUUGGUUGAUGCCUAGCUAUAGCUUUGACCAAGAUCAUUUUCUUCUUCAAGAUUUUCCCUCAUGGAAAAAAUAUCCCAUGUUCGAGCAUUCUCAUCUCCAGAACUGGCAGCUUCUUCUCCUAUGAAAGCUCUAAGGCCAGAAGAUUAUAGUUUAGAAGGUAUUGCGACAAAUGUGAAGCUGCUGCUAAAAUUAAUUCAAGAGCAUAAUGGAGCGAGCACUAAUGAUGACAGGAAAAUGCAAAGGAUCGCUGGAAUGAUCACCAUCUUAGAUGAUGUUAAAUCGCGAAUUGAAAAGUCUCAAUCUGCCAGGAAAAGAUUGGCUGAGCUCAGGAGGUGCAACACAGAACUUAGGCCUAGUCGUUCUCCUAGAGACAAGAAGCCUCAAGAAGCAGUGACGAGUACCGAUGAUAAUGAGAGGUUGAGGAAGCAACUCAGUACAAGCUUGGCUGCAAGAAAGAGCCUAGAAAUUAUGUGUUCAAGCUUGGGAAAGGAAAAGGAAAUUAUGGCCUGUGAACUUGCCAGGAAGGUUAGCGAAUUGAAUGAAAUGGAGGAACUUGUCAGUGACCUCAAGGCACAAAAUGAUACAUUGUUGACGAAACUACAAUCUCAUGCUGCGGAGCACAAGGAGAAGAAAACAAUUGCAGGGGAUGCUCAAGGGAAUGCAGCUCUUCAGGAUCGAAACAAGGUGCUUUCGGAGCAACUGCUCAAUUCUCUUGAUAGUUAUCGAUCUUUAAAAAGGAAAUACAAAGAUGCAAAAAAGGAAAACUCUGAAAUUAGGAAGACGAUGGAAGAAAUUGGGGUGGAAGUAAUUGCUGGUAUUGAAAGGAUCCGUAGCUUCAGGCAAAGAAUGGCCUCAAGCAAAGAUCAACCAGCAGAUAUAGAAGAGGAGAUUUCAGCAUUGGAGCAAAUGUUCCAGCGAUUUAACAUGAAAAUUUCCAAGCAUGAGGAGCAGAACAGUGAACGGGCUAAACCAAAAGCUGAGAUCAGUGCCAGCAGCAAGCCUCCCGUUCUCGCAUGAGAAGGAAAGGGUGACGAAAACAUAUGCUGCUUACUCUUGAUUCUUGAAUCUUGCUGCUGCUUUUGUUUUUAUAUUUUAUAUAAUUCAUUGAAAGAAGAUGCGAAUUGUUCGUUAAUUGGCAAGCAGUAAUAAUGUGCCAAAGUAGAAGUUAUCAGUCAUGCAUUGUGAAUUUCUUUUCAAUUGAUUAGUUGAGUUACAUAAAUGCAUCUCCAAAUAGUUUGUAUUAAUCCCUAAUUUUACUUAUUUUCUUUCUUAAUAACAUAGUGCUUACUUC